GUCUUAAUCAUAAUCAUCCCGGUAAUCAUCUCAACAACAUCGGUGCUCUCAGUUACUUACAUGGGUAGGAUUUGGCCGUUUAGUGGAAAAAUAUUAACUUCUUUUCAAUAAUUAUUCACAUAAUUUACGUCUGAAACUUACUGCUGAUGUCAAUACAAAAUAAUUUUGCAAAUAUAUGCCAAAUUGGUCAGAGGACAAGGAACGUUAACCAAUAAAGAAUAGUAUAUUAUUCAUGCAUUAUUCAUACGCUUAUUGUCGAUUAGUUGGACACCCCUGGCGUGAAUGAAGUCGUCCAUAAGUGCGUUGCGUUUGGCAGGUGCAGGGAGUCAACGCUGAAAUGUUUUCACUUUUUAGCCAGAAUUGUUGAGUGGGAUUCGGUCAGUAGUAGGAAAUUAUCAUCGUGCAGGACUAAAUUGGAGAAAGAGGCAAAAAGAGUCGAUCGAAAGACAAUAGAAGAUCUAUAUCUAUCUGAAGAUUUGUUUUUUGGGAAGCUUCAAUCUCAAGUUUCAACGUAGCUGCACGCAAGAGCUCCGGGAUAACAAGAAUUCAUUUCUUCCAAGCAAAGUUCGAUCACAGACUCGCCUUGUCGUUGGCCUAAGAUGGCGUCCUGGCUUCACCAACUCUUCUCUUCUGUGACGUUACUCUGCGUCAUCAGCCUUACACUCGGCUACGUACCCAUUAACGAGCGACCUAGACGCAUACCUGAUCGAACUCGCCCCGUUGACAAGGUGGAAGACCGUGCACGCUUUCCCAGUCGACUGAUACCGCAGUUGGGCCCGAACAUCAGGAGCACGUCCACGGCCAACUUACCUUUCUUCGCGGUGGCCAGUAUCAACAGACGGCUGGUCGCUGUCGAAGCCCACAGCAUGACAGCGGAUAGGGACAUCGACGAGUUGUCUACGACAGUCUCUGAUGUGCAGGAACAACUCGAGGACCUUCAGACUCUGAUAACAGAAGCACACCCUCAACGACCACAGGCUUUCUCAGAGCUCCGAUCGGCUAACCUGGAUCUGGAAACACGCCUAUCAAGACUGGAGACCGAGAAUGAGGAGCUUCGAGAGUUCCUUGUGGGAUUCGAACAGUUCUUCAACAGGCUGAUGAGCGCCGACCCUGCGGCCUUCGAUCCAGACGCUCCACCCGCACGGAGGCUAUCAAGACUUCAUCAGUAUCUUGGUAACGCAGAAGCUGAGCUCAUCGACGUCAGCAGACCAAUCCUAGCGACCUCACCCGAUGUCGACGAUGUGAUGGAGCAGGACAACGUCGAUGACGUCCCGACUGCUGGAAAGACUGCGAAGGUCGUCGAUCAUUGGGAAACAGUGCAAGUCUCUCUCGCCAGAAAUCAAAAUGAUACCGCUUCCAGAGACAUUAACAUCGCCCUUAAAAGCACAUCAUCACGAGCAGCCCCUCGACAGGGGCCAAGCAUGACUGUGUCAUCACUGCAUUCAGCAACAUCAUCCAGAGUCACCCCGGACAGAGGAUCGGGUGUCCACCUGUCGACCCUGGAGGCGGACCGGCUGGCUGUGGCCCUUGAGCAGCUAGAGACUCGUAACCAGGAUCUGACAACACGUCUACGGACCCUGGAGAGACAGGCUGCUGAUGCUGGUCCUGUCGGUGUCCAGGCCUUCGGAAUAUCUUCAACCGGGAACACCAACCAUGUCACAGAAGAGCUCUUGAACAAAGUGGAAAUCUUGGAACAAGUGGUGGCGCUCCAAGCGUCCUCUAUCUUGGAUGAAACACCUGCAGGAGAUGGCCCAAGUGGUUCCGGUGCAUCUAGGGUUCUAACACGGGAAGAAGCUACUGUGAGUAGAGUGUCCUCGACCAGCAUGAAGCAGGAAGAUGUCGCCAUCAUGAAAGAUGUUCUGCAGGAGGCCCGUAGCUCCGGAUCAUCUUCCAGGAAAAGUGCGUUCUCGGUUGCCAGGACAACGCCUCUGUUAGGAACAGAUGAUCACCAGCAAAUCGAAUUCGAUCACGUUUUCGUCAACAAAGGACGAGAUUUUGUCCAAAGGAAUAGUACAUUCAUCUGCGAGAGGGCGGGCUACUAUUUCAUCACAUUCCAUCUUCGCUCAUACGAUGGACUCUACCUCGGCGUCUCGCUCAUGAAGAACGACGAGAUUGUCAGCGCCAUCUUCACCGACGCCCACGAGAGGAACGUGAUGGAAGGCCAAAGCGUCAUCCUCCACCUCGAGCCUGGCGAUGCUCUCUAUCUCCUUCUCGGACCCUCACCCGACUUCGGUCUGCACAGCAACCAUCGCAAAUACGUCACAUUCAGCGGAUUCAUGAUCUACGGCGGCUAUUGAGAUGUGAUAUAUAUAGUCGGGUCCAGGGGCCCGUUUCAUAAAACUAGUUAUCUAUAACAACUGCUAAAUUUAGGUGACA